CUGUCCAGUUUAAAAGUGGGCACUUCUCUGAGGUCUUAGAGCUGCCCCGCCCCUGCUGCAUGCAAUUUGCUACUUUCUUGCUUUUCUGGGAGGAAUUUCCUCAAAGUUCUUGAAUUAAAAACCCUCGUCCCUGGCGUGUCGCCCCCCCCCUUCCAUCUCGGGAUUGUUGAAUGUUUUCUUAGAAUGCCUGUCCUUUUCUAUGUUGAGUCGUAAAUCACCGCAGACCCUCUGAGAAGAAAUGGCCACAGGGGCAUCAGUGGAGAAAAAGGCACGGCCUUCACUUUUAGAGGCAUGUGAUGUUUUCUUUUUGGCUGCAGCAGCAAUUUCAAAAACAUUUGUAAAGGCGAAGAAAUCAAGAUGUUCAAAGGAUACCUUUGUGAAAGUUCUAAUGGAAGUGACGUGUUUGUUACAGGUUUAAGUGUAAUGCUGGAUGUAUAUGUCUCCUUCUAAGCUGUAUCAGUCCAAUAAGCCAUAAUGUGGCAUACCAUCCUUUUUGAGAGGUGAAUAUUAUUGAAUAAAAAUGGCUGACAGAAGUGGGAAGAUUCUUCCAGGACAAGUGUAUAUUGAAGUGGAAUAUGAUUAUGAAUAUGAAGCAAAAGACAGAAAAAUUGUGAUAAAACAAGGGGAACGCUAUAUCUUGGUGAAAAAGACCAAUGAUGACUGGUGGCAAGUCAAACCAGAUGAGAAUUCCAAAGCGUUUUAUGUGCCAGCCCAGUAUGUUAAAGAGGUCACCCGCAAAGCUCUAAUGCCACCUGUUAAGCAGGCAUUUGGACUGUCAAGUAAUUCUAUGAAAAUGAUGCAGAGUCUACAUCUUCAGAGAUCAACAGAAAAUGUGAACAAAUUGCCUGAGCUUUCAAGUUUUGGAAAGCCAUCGUCAUCUCUUCAAGGAACAGGUCUUAUUCGUGAUGCCAAUCAGAAUUUUGGACCCAAUUAUAUUCCAGGUCAGACUCUCAACCUGAGUCUGGACCUGACCCAUAAUAAUGGAAAGUUUAAUAGUGAUUCACAUUCGCCUAAAGUUGCAAGCCAGAAUAGGACACGCUUAUUUGGUCACUUUCCUGGUCCUGAGUUCUUAGACAUAGAGAAAACUAGCUUCUCCCAGGAACAAUCUUGUGAUUCAGCAGGUGAAAGUUCAGAAAGAAUACACCAGGAUUCGGAAUCUGGAGAUGAACUUAGCAGCAGCUCUACUGAACAGAUAAGGGCAACAACACCUCCAAAUCAAGGACGGCCAGAUUCUCCUGUCUAUGCUAAUCUGCAAGAACUGAAAAUAUCCCAGUCUGCUCUCCCCCCACUUCCUGGGAGUCCAGCGAUUCAGAUUAAUGGAGAAUGGGAAACUCAUAAAGAUAGUUCAGGACGUUAUUUUUAUUACAACAGAGGAACACAGGAAAGAACUUGGAAACCACCUCGGACUCGGGAUACAAGCAUAGGCAAAGGAGAUUUCCAGAGUUCAGGAGAUCAAGAGCAUCUUUCAUCAGAAGAAAACUACCACAGCAUUUGUUACAGCCAGUCAGAUAGUCAGUGUGGUUCUCCUCCAAGGGGUUGGUCAGAAGAGUUGGAUGAACGUGGGCAUACCCUAUAUACCAGUGACUAUACUAAUGAAAAGUGGCUCAAGCAUGUUGAUGAUCAAGGUAGACAAUAUUACUACAGUGCAGAUGGAUCUCGGUCAGAAUGGGAAUUGCCAAAGUAUAAUGCUUCAUCCCAGCAGCAGAAAGACGUAAUUAAGAGUAGGAGCCUGGACAGGCGGCUACAAGAACCAAUAGUAUUAACAAAAUGGAGACAUAGCACCAUUGUGUUGGACACAAAUGACAAGGAAUCUCCAACUGCCUCAAAACCCUGCUUUCCUGAAAAUGAGUCUUCUCCCUCUUCACCAAAGCACCAAGAUACAACCAACAGUCCAAAGGGUCAAGAGAAAUACGGAUUAUUAAAUGUAACAAAAAUAACUGAAAAUGGGAAAAAGGUUCGAAAGAACUGGUUGUCUUCUUGGGCCGUGUUACAGGGUUCAUCUUUACUCUUUACCAAAACUCAAGGAAGUAGCACAAGUUGGUUUGGGAGCAAUCAGUCCAAACCAGAGUUCACAGUGGACCUCAAGGGAGCAACGAUUGAAAUGGCUUCAAAGGAGAAAUCCAGCAAAAAGAAUGUAUUUGAGCUGAAAACUCGGCAAGGGACGGAAUUGCUAAUUCAGUCUGACAAUGACACGGUUAUUAAUGAUUGGUUUAAAGUUCUUAGUAGCACUAUCAAUAAUCAGACCACAGAAAGUGAUGAAGCAAUUGAAGAGGAGACACCAGAUUCACCUGGAAUAGAAAAGCAUGAUAAAGAAAAGGACCAUAAGGAUCCUAAAAAACUUCGUUCCAUGAAGAUGUCUAGCAUAGAUUCUUCAGAACAGAAAAAAACCAAGAAAAACUUAAAGAAGUUUCUUACUCGACGACCCACUUUGCAAGCUGUUCGUGAAAAAGGUUACAUUAAAGAUCAGGUAUUCGGAGCCAAUCUUGCGAGUCUGUGUCAGAAGGAGAGUGGCACAGUGCCAAAAUUUGUGAAGUUAUGCAUCGAACAUGUUGAAGAAUUUGGUUUGGAUGUUGAUGGGAUAUACAGAGUAAGUGGCAACCUUGCAGUGAUCCAGAAGUUGAGAUUUGCAGUCAAUCAUGAUGAGAAAUUGGAUUUGAAUGAUAGUAAAUGGGAAGAUAUUCAUGUCAUUACUGGAGCACUCAAAAUGUUUUUUCGAGAAUUACCAGAACCCCUUUUUACAUUUAAUCAUUUUAAUGAUUUUGUUAAUGCAAUUAAACAAGAACCAAGACAACGAGUGGCUGCUGUUAAGGACUUAAUCAAACAGUUGCCAAAGCCAAAUCAAGAUACAAUGCAGAUUCUUUUUAGACAUCUAAAAAGAGUCAUAGAAAAUGGAGAAAAGAACCGAAUGACCUAUCAGAGUAUAGCAAUUGUUUUUGGCCCUACUCUGUUAAAGCCAGAGAAAGAGACUGGUAAUAUAGCAGUUCAUACUGUCUACCAAAAUCAGAUUGUAGAAUUAAUUCUUCUGGAAUUAAGUUCCAUUUUUGGACGUUGACUCUUACUGAAGACAACCUGUGUAAUAGAAGCUGGAUUCCAUCAGAUUUGAAAUUCUUAUUCAUGAUGUUUUUUAUUUUUGGACCAAGCAGUGACUUUGAUUUUGCACUUUUUUGAGGGAUCAGAAGGGAGUGAGAGAGUCAAGCAAGAUAUCUAUUAGGCCCUCAUAUUUGCUGCUUUGUUGCAAGUUGAUAUAACUAUGUGUGAUUUGAAUUAAUUUUAUUCUGAAUGCUUACAUUUCAUACUCUGAAUUUCAGUAAAGAUUAAAACUUGUGAUUAUUACCAGUCAUAUACACUGGAUAAUUUGGUAAGAAGACUACAGUUGUGAUUUUUUUUUUUCCUCUCAAACUGGAUAAUUGCAGAGCAUCUUCUCAUGAUUCAUUAUGGUCAUCACUUGAUAGACAGUACUUAGUGUCAGUUAAAUUGAAAACUCUCUUGGGCAUUUUAAACAAAGAAAGUAUAUCCAUUUUGAAAACCUGUGUAUUUCUUUUUCAGGGUGUCUGCAUGCAAUGGCAGUCUAAGUGCUAAGAUUCAUUAUAACUCAAAUAUCCCCUAAUGAAGGCUUGCUGUCUUUUUCUGUGUUGUGCAGCAUCCUUAUCAGAUAUCUUAGUUGCUUGUUUGGGCAGCACACUAAUGUUACUUAAAACACUGUGAUAUAUUGGAGUUUAAUUUAGCAUAAGUCAGUUCAGGGUAUUUUUGGGUUGUCUGUGCUACACUGAUUUGUAGCUAGCAACCCUAAUUAUAUCUAGUGCCAUACUGAGUUCUUGGUAUGACCCUGUGGAAACAUUGUUUGAUGUGUAAAUAUAAGCUAAAGACUUAAUGUCUUAGCUUAUGUAUAUAAUUGUGUUGUAUAGUCUCAGAGUACAUUCUAACCUUACAUUUCUAAUCUUUAUAUUGGUACUCUUUUCUGUGAAUAUUAGGUUUCCUCCAGAAUUAUGCUGUUAUUUGAGAAAGUUAACUGUGUGCACUUUUAGAUUUUAAUUACAUUUACAGGCAAAUCACUGUAAUACAAAUGGUACUGGAAAAAUACUGACUAGACUUGCUAAAUGGUAAAUGCACUACAAGAGAAACCUUUUAGGUUAUUUAAUAUGUACAGAAUACAUUAGAAAAAAAUUAUUACAGAAUUCUAACUGCAGUAUGAAUAGUGGAAACCCAUAUGUAAAUUAGAUGGAUGUCAGGUGGAAAUGACAUUGCUAAAUUUGAGGAGUUCUUUUUACGUUACUAAUGUAGAUUGAUUUGUAUAAUAAAACAGGGUUUGGAAGAUUUUGUUACAGAGAGCAUGGUCUGUUGAAAAUUUUUUUUAAUGUAUUUUUCUAGAUUAACUGCUGUAUAUGAAAUGUCUAAUCUUAAUAAAGAAAACUAUAAGAGGUUUAGAGAUUUUUUUCCAUUG